AUGGUCCGCCAACUACUCCUCGCCGGCCUCUCCCUGCUACAAGCCGCCGCCGUAGGCGCCCUCAUCGUCCCCGCCGGUCUGCCCGAGGGCCUCUACACCAUCCCCUUCGACUCCGACGGCACCGCCCUCUCGGCGCCGCUGCGCGUGGAAAGCCGAGGCACCCAGGGCAGGUUCGAGGCGCGCCAGUUCCAGAGGUGGGAGGCGAGGUGCGGCGUCCUCGGCCAGAUCCAGAUCAACGACUUCACCGUCGCCAAGGAGAACCUCCAGAGCGAGUGCGACCGAGGCGAGACGUACCAGUCCAACAUGGCCGUCGUCUACAGCACGGGCAGGGCCAUUGCCUACUUUUGCAACUACGAUCGCCAGAAUCGGUGCACGAGGGCCGAGUACGAGGAGGCCAUGCUCGCGCUCGUGGGACAGUGCGGUAUUGGGGCGGGAGGUGAGGUGUAUCUUGCCGCGCAGGACAAAGGAUACGGUGGGGAUAACAAGGGAGAGAGCGUGGAGAUUUGCUACUGA